AUGGAUGAGCUUCUCCAAAAAGGAUAUGGACUGGGGUUUGGAAUUUCACUCUUCAUAGCAACCAAUAUUUGCGAAAGCAUCAUUUGGAAAGCUUUUAGCCCUACCACUAUCAACAGUGGACGUAGAGCUGAAUUUGAAGGGUUCCGUGUGGUUUCCCCUGCGAGGCCGAAGAACGCACGUGGGCAACAGGGUUCAUAUCCAAUUAAGUUGUUCUAUACUUCCAAUAUGCCCGUCAUUUUGCAGUCUGCACUUGUAUCCAAUCUUUACUUCAUUUCCCAGGAACAACAAAUGGUGAUGCCUGGACAACAGGAAUCAAAUCUACAGAAGGAGCUGAACCGCUAUAUACCUACUGCAGCAGCCUUUGAUGACAUGUGCAUUGGCGGACUAACUGUGUUGGCUGAUCUCAUAGGGGCAAUUGGUUCAGGGAUCGGGAUUCUGCUAGCCGUCACUAUCAUAUAUCAGUAUUUUGAGACAUUUGAGAAGGAGAAGACCAGUGAGAUUGGUUUCUAG